CACUUUAUGGUCCUCGAGCAUCAGGCAAGUCAACACGAGCUUAUGUAGCCAUGCACCAGCUUAGAGACCUUGGAUUCAUUUGCUUUUAUGUAACCUUUGAAAAUGUCAGUAUUGACCAAGGAGAAGAACUCUUUUGGCAUGAUUUAGACAAUAAUUUUAGAUCAAGUUGUCGAGGUUACUUUGAUGAAUAUCCUCCCCUUCAAUGUAAAGGAGAUUUCCUUAAAUGGUUUGCACAACGCACUUAUGAAAAACCUGUUGUCCUCUUCAUUGAUGAGUUUGAUAGGCUGUACAGUGCAGCUGCUGAGAUCCGGGAUGGUUGCCUGAGUACUGUUCGUGCUAUCAAGCACAUGGCAGGAGUUCCUCUCCAUUCAGUAGUUGCUGUUGGGAAUUUUGCCAUUCUUGCUCUAGAGUCCAACAAUGGUACAUCUCCAUUCAAUAUACAAACCUCCUUUCAGAAUCCUAAUUUAACCCAUAAAGAAGUUGAAUCACUUUUCACUGUGUUUGCUUCAGAUCGAAGCAUCACAAUAGAUUCCAAUGUUGUUGAAGAUAUUUAUUGGCAAACAAAUGG